AUGGAGACGAUAUUGCCUUGUGUAGAGGUCGUGCCGCCGGCGGCGAACCGAGCGCGGCUGCUACCAGAACUCAUUCUACAGAUUGUGGACUGCGUCGUGCCACCAAACGCCGAUACCAUCCUACCACCCUCUCACAUCUCCACAAAGACACUGAUCGCGCUGAGUACUACCAGCCGGAUCACCUGCAAGCAGGCGCAGAGGCUCCUGCGACAGCGCUGCCUCUACCUCGACACCCGCCGGCGCGCCGAGUCCUUUCUGCGAUGCCUGCAGGCCGCCACCAAGGACACCGCCACGGCGCCCCGGGAAGACAUACGCCUGGCGGCCAUGUUCCUGGCGCCGUUUGACCGGAAGCUGCUCGACGACGUGCCGACGGCCAAGCUGGUGCGGGCGCUGUUCUACGCUGUCGGCGGCUCGCUGCGGCGGCUCGUGGUGCGCAUGCCGUUUGCGACGCUGCACCCCGUCGUGGACCACCUGGGCGUGCGGGAGAUCCUCCGCGAGGGCUUCGCGCAGCUGGAGCGCCUGGAGGAGUUUGUCGGCCUCCACGAGUACCCGAACCUCAACCUGGCGGCGAGCCGCGCGCCGCGGCUGCGCACCGAGGACCUCUGGAACGCGUGGCCGGAGCUGCGGCGCCUGGUACUCUUCGGCGCCGAGAUUGACGACGAGAAGCUCUGGGAGGGGCUCGCGCGGCUGCCGCGGCUGACAGACGUGGUGCUGGCGCGGCCGCGCAACGUCGGCGUGCUGGACAUGAAGGAGGAGUACUUUGCGGCGGGGGCCGGGGUCCAGGAGAAGGGCGAAGAGUUUGAUGCGGGAAAGGAGAUGCGCGUGAUGCUGAUGGAUGUGUCGUAUGACGUGCAGGACAUUCAGACGGACAGCUGGGAGAAGAGGGAUCCGGACGGAGCGAUGACGGUGGAGGUGUACGAGGUGCCGACGUCGUAUUAUGGCGAUGAGACGGAGCAGGAGACGGUGGCGGCGUGGGUGAGCGGAGGGGUAUGGAGUGGACAGAUCUGGGACUGGCGAGGAGAGGUGGUUGGACGGGGUUUACUGUAA